GGCGCGGGGCAGUGUGGGGCGGGGGCGGAACGCCGCCCGGCCGCGGGUCGGGCGGUGUGUCAGCAGCCCAGCGGUCGCUCGGGCGAGACAUGGCGGGCUGUGUGGCCCGGCGGGCCCUGACCGUGGGCAGUCGUUGGUGGUCCCGGUCGCUGACUGGGACCCGGGGGCCGAGGCCGCUCUGUGCGGCGGGUGGAGCUGGGGCCUUCCCACCCGUGGCGACCACGACGACGCGGAGGCACCUCUCGUCCCGAAACCGACCAGAGGGCAAAGUUUUGGAGACAGUUGGUGUGUUCGAGGUGCCAAAACAGAAUGGAAAAUACGAGACUGGACAGCUUUUCCUUCACAGUGUUUUUGGCUACCGGGGUGUCGUCCUGUUUCCCUGGCAGGCCAGACUCUAUGACCGGGAUGUGGCGUCUGCAGCCCCAGAAAAAGCAGAGAACCCUGCCGGCCAUGGCUCGAAGGAGGUGAAAGGCAAAACUCACACUUACUAUCAGGUGCUGAUUGAUGCCCGAGACUGUCCACAUAUAUCUCAGAGAUCUCAGACAGAAGCUGUGACUUUCUUGGCUAAUCACGACGACAGCCGGGCCCUCUAUGCCAUUCCAGGCCUGGAUUAUGUCAGCCACGAAGACAUCCUCCCCUACACCUCCACUGAUCAGGUUCCUAUCCAGCAUGAGCUCUUUGAAAGAUUUCUUCUGUAUGACCAGACAAAAGCACCCCCUUUUGUGGCUCGGGAGACGCUACGGGCCUGGCAGGAGAAGAAUCACCCCUGGCUGGAGCUCUCUGAUGUCCACCGGGAAACAACUGAGAAUAUCCGUGUCACUGUCAUCCCCUUCUACAUGGGCAUGAGGGAAGCCCAGAAUUCCCACGUCUACUGGUGGCGCUACUGCAUCCGCCUGGAGAACCUUGACAGUGACGUGGUUCAGCUCCGGGAGCGACACUGGAGGAUAUUCAGUCUAUCCGGCACCUUGGAGACAGUGCGAGGCCGAGGGGUGGUGGGCAGGGAACCAGUGUUAUCCAAGGAGCAGCCCGCCUUCCAGUACAGCAGCCACGUCUCCCUGCAGGCCUCCAGUGGGCACAUGUGGGGCACUUUCCGCUUCGAGAGGCCUGAUGGUUCCCACUUUGACGUCCGGAUCCCUCCCUUCUCCCUGGAAAGCAAUAAAGACGAGAAGACACCGCCCUCAGGCCUUCACUGGUAGGCCAGCAGAGGCCCUGAGCACCCAGGCUCCGCCCCGAACAACAGCCCACAUCCCAUGAGAGUUGCUGCAGAACUCUGUCACGGCCACAGUGGGUCUCUUAAUCGUUUGUGCCAUUUGAUUGCGGCGUUCUUACUUUGGCGGGUGGAGUAUAACUCUUCUCCAGAAGACCCACGUGGGCCUCCUCCAAGGCUGGCCUUCCCCGUAUGCCCUGCCUACGCUGUGUUCCAGUAAACCUUUCCAACAGGAACUGUGUUCAGCUGCCAUAGGUGUGGGGGUUCCCUAGCCUGUCACACAGUUGUUAGAAUGCGAGGUUUGGGCAAUAAACCAGUGCACGCUUGGCCACCCUCA